ACUUGCAGACAUGCCAUAAAACAGAAUGGGCGGAGGCCCUGCAAGAUUUUAAUUGGUCCAGAUUAGAAGAGAGGGGCGGGGCCUCUGCUCAGUGACGUGAUGCAGCUUCAGGAGGAGGACAGGCUUCUGGUGCAUGAGCAAGAGGAGGAGGAGAGGUGAAGAGGAUGAAGAGUUAGUUUUUGUUUAGGUUGAAGAAUAACCACACAGGUGAUUCAUUAAACCGGUAAGAUGUGCUCAUUCAUGUUUAAAUGGACCGUUUGUCUACUCGGGCUUUUAACCUCGACCUGCGCCUCACCUGACGACGCACCGGGGGAGUUUGGAGGCGAGUCCGGGUCCGGGUCCGGGAUGCUGCUGUCAGAUGAGGUGAAUGUUCUGCUGGAGCUGUCGUCUCAGGUGUCAAACAGCAGUAACGCAUCCAUGACUGUAGAUGCCAGCAGGUGUCCAGUGCUGCAGGUGGGACAGUACUCCACGUUGGCUGUCCCGCUUCAACAGCUCCUCAUUGACGGAUUUGCAGAUGAGUUCAGUUUGCUGGUGCAGCUACGGAGUCCUCAGAGGGAUGAAUACAGCGUCUUCACCAUGCUCAGUCCGGACAACCACAUUAUGCUGCAGCUGCGGAUCAGCGCUUACGCCGUCAUCUUCAUAGGAACACAACAAAGACACUACGAGUUUCCAGUCAGUGGUCUGUCUGAUGGAGAGUGGCACCAUGUGGCCAUCAGUGUGUCUGCCAAGCGUCUGGCACUGUACGUGGACUGCUCUCUGCUGGAGAGUGUGGACUGGGUGUACCACGGCAUGGGGAUCAGCGCUGACGGGCUUCUCAUGGUCGGAGGCAUCAUUGAGGGCUUUGAGACGCCCUUUGAAGGUUAUCUCCGGCAGCUGACCUUCCUGAUGGGUGACCCGGACGCUGCCAAGCAACACUGCAGCCACCACCCACCCCGCUGCGGUGAGACCGCCCCCAAGCCUCCUCGCUCCCCACGCACCAACAGCGCCCUGGAGAAUAUACUGCUGGCCUCAAAUGACCUUGAAGACCUGCUGGGGGAAGACGAAUCAUUUUUCAGCUACAGCAGAACAAAUGGGUUUCUGCGGCGCGGGAGUCCUCGAGGGGAUGGGACGGUGCCUUCUGGAUCCAAUCGGAAAGGUUCAGUAGGUCGUGGGGAUGUCUUUUUGAUAGAUGAGGACACUGACUUGUUGGAUCCAAUCUUUCAAAAUGGUGGACAAGUCAACCCUCAGUGGAAACCUUCCAGAAAUGGACUUAAGGGAAGCCAAAAGGGGAAGCCUGAGCUGUCCUCCAAAGAUUUAGAGGAAAAUAUAACCACUGACAAAAAGACAGAUACCAGUGGGAGGACUUCCUCGCUGUUCCCUGGAAAACCAUCUGAUGACAUAGUUGAUCCGGACAUCGGAGGUGCCACCAAGAAGCCCUCAGUGGGGUUUCCUGCACUUCCCAAAAUCCCUUCAGAUCCAAGAACAACCACAGACUCUUGGACGGAGGAGGCUUAUGAAAGGUCCAGUUCUGUCUCACCCACACCUCGUGAUAUCGACCCAACUCCGUCUACAAGAGCUGAAGUGGAGAAGGGAGGACCCAUCACCACUGAUCGAAGAAUCAAGAUAACUGGUAAACAGCCAAGGAAAGAGAGUCCUGGCACUGUGACCAUUGUGUCCAGAGAAGGAGACCUGAUCCUGGGCUCAGAUGGCAAAGUGUACCGGAUCCAGAGAGGACCACCAGGCAGAAUGGGUCCACCAGGGCCAGAAGGCUGUCCUGGUGAUCCUGGCCUGCCUGGGUUUAAAGGUGAUAAGGGAAAGACGGGCCGUGAAGGGCAUCCAGGAAAAAGAGGGGAACCAGGGUCUCCUGGCCCUGCAGGUAUACCAACCCUGUACCUGUGGAAGAACACAGCUGAGGAGUGGGCUGCCUUCCAGCAAACCAAUUUCUACCAGCUGCUCCGCUCUGGUUGGCCUAGUAAAGAAGGUCCUGCAGGUCCACCUGGAGAGGAUGGCGGACUGGGCAUGCAGGGGCCUCGAGGUGAAGCCGGAGAUCGAGGACAACCAGGGAUGCCAGGAGAGAUGGGUGAGCGGGGUCAGCGAGGACCUCCUGGACGAGCCGGGGCCCCGGGGAGAGAUGGUGAAAAUGGAGAGGAUGGAGAGCCUGGGUCAAACGGGGGUCCGGGAUCACAGGGCCCGUGGGGAUUCAGAGGAGAGCGAGGCUCCAAAGGGGAAAAAGGGGACGAGGGACUCGUUGGCCUCAAGGGUCCAAGAGGGGAAGUUGGGGAACCCGGUGAGAAGGGCUCACCUGGUUUACCUGGCCCACCUGGUUCUGUUGGAGCCCCAGGGUCUCGAGGGUUCCGAGGUGUGGACGGGCCAGAGGGGCCUCCCGGGCCUGAUGGAGAGAGAGGACUUGAUGGCCCUCCAGGUCCGCCUGGACCAUUGGGUGCGGCAGGCUUCACAGGAAGAGUUGGCGCUCAAGGAGUUAACGGCUCGAGGGGGGACGUCGGCCCUGCUGGCAGCGUCGGCCCCAAAGGCCCACAGGGGCCUCCAGGUUUAGAGGGGCAGAUGGGACCUCCAGGACUUCGAGGACCCCAAGGACAUCUAGGACUGAUCGGGGCUGCUGGACCUAAAGGAGAAUCUGGACCUGUGGGGCCUGUGGGUUCCCGUGGGGAUCCUGGCUCUGAAGGACCCAUGGGUCCAGUUGGGAUACAGGGUCCUGCUGGCCCACCUGGGGCAACGGGUAACAGGGGACCAGAUGGAGACAAGGGAGAUCCAGGACCUAAAGGCGACAGAGGUCUUCAAGGAGCAGCUGGUAUCUGGGGUCCUCAGGGAGAGAGGGGCACUGCUGGCUUCCCUGGUUUCCCAGGCACCAAAGGCCAGCCUGGUUCCAAAGGCACUGAGGGCACAAAUGGAGAAACAGGCCCUCAGGGAAAGCAGGGCAGCCGCGGGUUAAAGGGCAAUAGAGGACCAGAUGGACGUAAAGGCAAACCUGGACCUCGAGGAAUCAAGGGUCGACCUGGACAGCGAGGAAACACUGGCCAACCGGGUCCAUCGGGUUUGACGGGGCCACCUGGACCAGAGGGAGCAGAAGGAAAGCCUGGUACACAGGGUCACUCGGGUGCAACUGGCGGUGCUGGCAGUAAAGGACUGACGGGUUUUCAAGGCACGGCUGGAGAGAGAGGGGCAGAUGGCUCACCAGGUUCUCUGGGGCCGCCAGGGAAAUCAGGACCUCCAGGCCCACCAGGACCCCCAGGAGACAGGGGUUUCACAGGGAAGCCGGGCGUGGAGGGACCUCAGGGCCCAGUAGGCAUGUAUGGUAUCCAGGGGAACGUGGGCAUGCGUGGGAUUCCAGGCUUCAUAGGAGAACGGGGUGAGCCAGGUUUACGAGGUUUACCUGGGCCUGUCGGGAAACCAGGACCUGCAGGUCUACCAGGUCCCACCGGAGAGAAGGGACCCCGGGGACCUCAGGGUCGACCUGGAGACGAAGGCUCAAAAGGGAUACAAGGCCGACCGGGCCCUCCAGGUCUCUCAGGGUCUAAUGGGGCUAGUGGAAAACCUGGACCCAGGGGAAGCCAAGGCCCCCAAGGACCUCUGGGGCCACAAGGGCCAGCAGGAAUCCUAGGCCAGCAGGGUGCUGAUGGGUUGUUAGGAGCAGUAGGGGAAAAAGGAGAAAAGGGUUUAACUGGCUCGCCUGGUGAUGCUGGCCCCACAGGACCGGAUGGACAACAGGGUCCUCAUGGCCAAACAGGCACUGAAGGCCCUCCUGGACAGAAAGGAGAUCAGGGGGACAAGGGGCCGUGUGGGCAAGCUGGCCCUCCAGGGCCCCAAGGAGAGAUAGGUCUUGAAGGCCCCAAAGGCUUACAGGGACAUUCAGGACCUGCAGGCAAAGAGGGUGAUGUCGGACUUCCUGGUGAAGCUGGAGGUCCUGGACCCAAAGGGGAGAAGGGAGAGGUGGGACCUCUCGGUUUAUCUGGUCGAGAAGGCCCCUGGGGAGCGCCUGGAGAUAACGGAGAAAGGGGCCCAAAGGGAGAGAAGGGCCACAUCGGACUUAUGGGUGAACCAGGGCUGAUGGGUGAGGUGGGACCUGUAGGUCUGACGGGCUUACGGGGAAUCACUGGCCCCCGGGGGUCCCCAGGUCCUGAUGGACUUCAGGGCCAGAAGGGGGAGUCUGGACCUGAAGGAAGUUUUGGACCUGUGGGGUUAGGAGGCCCUGAGGGAUUAAUCGGUGCAAGAGGAGUCAGAGGAGACACAGGAGGACCAGGACCACCUGGCUCAGAAGGGCAACAUGGACCUGAGGGUGAUCAGGGAGCUAAAGGGGAACCAGGGCCACAGGGACAUAAAGGAGAGCCAGGAGAUCCAGGCCCACAAGGGGAACAGGGUGAGGAAGGUCUGCCUGGAAUCCAAGGUCCUCCAGCUCUGCCGGGAUUAGAGGGGCCUCCAGGAGAAAUGGGACUACAGGGUGAUCCAGGUCCCAGUGGGGCUCCCGGAGCGUAUGGAAGACCAGGACCUGAGGGGAAUCAGGGCAUGAAAGGGGAGAAGGGAGACGACAGCAAGGUUGGACCACCAGGGAAGACUGGUCAUGUUGGACGGAGGGGGAAACGGGGGAAGGCUGGAGUCAGAGGGACCAGGGGAGACAGAGGACCAAAGGGCGAAAAGGGAGACACAGGACUAGCUGGCAUCCCUGGAUGGCCGGGGCUCAUUGGAAUCCACGGCGUACAGGGAGAGUCGGGGGAUCAAGGUGAAAAGGGGAAAGAGGGUGAGAAAGGAGACAUGGGACUGCCUGGACCACCUGGGGCUGAUGGCACAAAGGGUAUUCGUGGUCCUGUUGGGUUUCAAGGUCCAGAGGGCCAGAAGGGCGAGCAGGGAAAUAUUGGUCUGCUUGGACCGAGGGGAACACCAGGGAUGCCGGGCCUGCCUGGUCUGUUUGGAUUAAAGGGUUUUAAAGGCUAUCAAGGUUUGCCUGGUCUGCCUGGCAGGAGGGGGCUCCCGGGUCCACCUGGUGUCCCUGGACCUCCAGGAGAGUCACUAAACAUGACGUUGUCUCAGCUUAAGGGCCUGAUGUAUGUGUCCGAUAAACCCAACUACCCUCUGAUCCAGACUGUGUUAGACUCUCUGCAGCAGGAGCUUCGGCUGCUGUUGGAUCCUCCUGAUGGCAGCAAGGAGCAUCCUGCCACCAACUGUCUGGAGCUGUGGAUCUGUCACCCUGAAUACAGCAGCGGAAUGUAUUACAUUGACCCCAACCAGGGCAGCUCAGGCGACGCUCUGCUGGCAUACUGCAGCUUCACCUCCACAUCCACACAGACCUGCCUUCAUCCUCGAGACUCACAGCUGCCCAUAAAACCGUGGAUGGAAGAUUUCUCUGAGGAAGGAAACUAUCAGUGGCUCAGCAGGCUGGAGCAGGGGUUUCAGUUUUACUAUCCAGGUGCUAGUGUGGUGCAGAUGCGUUUCCUGAGGUUGCACAGUAGCUCUGCCAUCCAGAAGGUGACCUACUCCUGCCAUCCAGGACACAGACUGGGCCAGACAGACAGAGACAUCAAAUUCCUCACUGACAGCAGGAAGCAAAGUUACCUGGGAGCACUUAAAGAUUGUGUGCCUGGAGAGGAGAGCCUUUCUGGACCUCGAGAGUCUGUGUUUGAGUUUGAGGACCUCCAGCUGCUUCCUCUGAGGGACCUGGCACUGAUGGGAUCUGUGAACUUCACACACCCAUUUGGCUUCACUAUCGGACCUGUGUGUUUCAGCUAGAGGUGCUAGAAGCUGAGCUGUCGUAGGACUUUCAGGUCCAGGACACAAACCUCUGUUUAAAUCCUGGACUCAAGGACAGCUGGAAAGUCUUUUUCCUUUUUCUGAAGAUGUCCCUUCUUCUCUUGUUUUUUGGAGAGUCUUCCUCGAGUUUAGUGACUUUGAUUUCAUGAGUUUGAGAGGACACGAGCAUCUCCAGGCAUUUCUCACAGAGAAGUCACUUUUGUUUACAGAGACAUUUAUCUUGUAUUGAAUAAUUUAAAAUGUAUGUUUUUAUCCUUUUAUAUACGUUGUGCUUUUCUGUUGGUUUGUAAUGUAUUUUGGGCGUCUGGCAUAGCUUGCCCAUCAUGUAUAUAAAAGUCAGAUUGUCCGGACCGACCUCUUAACAAUGUGUUCUGCGUGGAGACACAGCUACUGUCGUCCCACUGGCGGUAUAUGACCAGGCCAGUGAAGUCAUUGACUUCUUUACUGUCAGUGAACUCAGACGGGUCACUUAAUCAAGGUGCUAAUCAACUUUCUCUUCAUUGCCCAACUUCAAUGGUGUUUUACCCCAAUCCAUUUUGUGUUGUGCACACUUCAUGCAGUUUGCUGUCAACCAAACCAAAUUCCCUCAUCCUGUCAAAGUAAAAAAAAAAAAAAAGGUUGGUCAUUUUUUCAUUACUUUCUUGUUAUUUUCUACAUCUCAGGUAUGAUGCAUUAAUGACAAACUCAUAGGUAUUUAUGCUGCUAUUUGUGCAGUAUGUUGGUCAGUCUGUUUUUUAUUGCAUUAAAAAAGUCUUAAAAUGUUACGAUCAGAAAUGUUGAAUUUUUGCAAAGACAAUAAUUGUAAUUGAAUUAGUUUUACUAACAAGCAUGCUAUGUGUAUCCAUCCUAAUGUCUUCCCUCUAUGCCAAAGACUGCCAUUGUUGUCAAAAAUGGUUGAAACAGUUCUUUCAUCACCAUGAACUCUUAUAUUUAUUUGAGUACUCCCACACGCCAUCUUGCUGCUGUCCACACAUCCCGGAACAAGAAACAUGUGUUAGUCUGCCCCUGAAAAUAGUCCCCAACAAAAGCACUCUAAACUUGUUUGACAGACAUUUGCUACAGCUAAAGGGCAAAAAAAUCACAUGAAACAAUUUAUUUUAAGCUUUUUUAAGGAGCUAAUGAAAUUGCAAAAAAAGUACCACUGACGGGACAAUAAAACUAUUGAACCGGCAGAGUACAUUGUCAUCAAAACAUGUUUAAGAAACCUCAGAUUUAGGCUUUAUCAUCCAGUUACAAAUAACCUGAUCAUAGCAUCAUAUCUUCACAAAUAUCAACAUGCAAACAUUGAAAGGCUAAUUAUUGUGUCAUAUUAGAGAGAGCAUGCAUGAAAGUUGGACACUAAAAAUGGGGGAAGUAUUUAAUUCCUGUAUUGUAUCAGUUGUACUGUACUGAGUUGCUUUGAAUAGCUUCCUGCAGAGGAGCUGCAACUUAGCUUUAUAGCUUACUCUGGAAUAACACUUGUGCUGGGAAUAGUCGUUUUAAAAUAAACUAAACAAAAAAAGUUUGAUGGAAAACCAAAGACUGAAGUUUAGCAGCUAGAGCUUACAGAUCCACAUAUUACACCAAUCAUUUUUCCUUUCACUGGACUCUAAAGGUCAUGCUCAAGUUUGGAGGCAGCCUUGCAGAGUUUCUUUGGCACCCUGGUUAAAAGAAGUGCCCAUCACAUCAACCCCCUACUUAGCAUUGAGUAACUGCUGUCAACCUGAAUUUGUGCUUCAUUCAAUCAAAAAGUGCUUGGUUCAAGAGAAAAGAAUCAAGCCAUGUUGUUUCUCAAGCAGAGUCAGGAUGUGUGGUUUGUGCCCAGCCGGAACCAGCAGUGACUGAUGAGCAGUGUGCAGUGCACUCUGCAGGGAGUACACAUCAUACGACUGAGCUCUCAGGGAGUUUGUGAUGAGUGUGUAAGUCUACCUGCUCAGCAAAGACAAAAGCAUUGCAGUUUGGAAAAAUAAAUACAUUUAAAAAACAUUAUUGCUAAUACCAAAUUCAUAGCUGUGGAAAACCACAGCAACUGUGUUUAUCAUAUCACUGCUUUAUAACGAGGAGUACAUGUUCUUCUUCAUGAUCUCAACAAGGCAAGUUGUAUUUAAAGUUGUGCAUGUGGACCACUGGUUUGCAUCUCUGGUCUGGUGUUCAUUACAGUGUAUUUGUUUUUUGGAUUAAGAGUAUUCAUAUCGUUUAACCAUUUGAUUGCCUUAGCUGGCUGAGACAGAUAAUUGUUACUCCAUUUGCUUUGUAAAACUACCUUUUUUUUAACAUUUGAAAUGGCAUGCUGGACAUCUGUCUCCUGUGGUCCCUCCAUAAGCUCAUUCAAUUGUGUCAACUUAAUUAAAAAAGAUGUACAUAA